AUGGCACUCCAAGGAAAGGUUGCGCUUCUGACAGGAGCUUCCAUGGGUAUUGGGGAGGCGAUUGCCUCAUCCUUGGUUGAGGCUGGCGCAAAUGUUAUUCUCUUUUCUCGAUCAGAGGACAAACUUCGACAGUUGAAAGAACAACUAUCUGUCAAGAGCGAUGUGAAAAUCACCUAUCGUGCAGUGGAUGUUGGUAACUACGAAGAAGUUGAUGCCGCAGUAUCAUCCUCCAUCAAAGAGAUAGGAGAAAUCGACAUCCUGAUUAACAAUGCGGGCCUAGCAAUCGGCGCACCUAGUAUAUUCUCCGACCUAAAACCAACCGACAUAAUGACAAUGAACAACACCAACAUAAACGGCUACAUGUUCAUGGCCCACUCCGUCCUGAACCGCUCUAUGAUGACCCGAAAAGCAGGCACAAUCUUAAACAUUACUUCAAUCACCGGGCUAGAAGUGCCCCCAUUCCCAGGCGAAGCAGUCUACCACGCGAACAAAGCCUGUCAAGAGGCCUUCACGAAUGCCCUGCGAAAUGAACUAAGUGGCACGGAUAUCCGGGUCUUAGCUCUCCGACCAGGUGUUGUUGCUACGAAUUUCCACUCGCUUCGCGUGGGUCAUGAUAAGAAGAUGUAUGAUGAGUUUAUUGAGGGUUAUGAGCCACUCCUGGCUCAGGAUAUUGCGCAGGGCGCUAUUUAUAUGCUUCAGCAGCCGUUGAAUAUCUCGGUUAAGGCAUUGGAUAUUGUUCCUUCUGGUAUGACGCCUUGGAUCUCCGAGUCCCCAAUGUAUUGCGCUUCAGCAGUUUGCUUACUCUAUAAAUUAGCGCAACGUUCAAUCAAUGUUUUUGACCGAACCUGGAAUGAACGAAAGGAGUGA